GUAAGUAAUGCAUUCUGAUUUUGAUGGACCAGGUUUUCUUUGCCCAGUUCCUCACAUGAUGAAAUGAAUCUUCUCUUGACCAGUAUGGAUACGUAGACCUCUUCAAGAUGGUUAAGAGCUACGGUGAAGAACCAAGUGGAAUGACAUGGGGGGAGCAUCUGCUACUGCUGACAUCUGAUUUGUGUGGUUGAAAAUAUGGUUUCCUGACAGAGGAGUGCAUGAUAUUUUUUAACAGCAGAUCUUUAUUAAAUGUGCCAUCAGUGGUGGUUUUGGAAAGAUGAGGAGGGACCCUCUGCAGGGCAACUCAGUGAAGCUGAAAAUGUCUGCAAUUUGUGUUUUGUGUAUCCCAUUUCCGAGAGGGCUUUUGUGACUCCUGAGCUUGGUGCUGUCAGCCUCAUGGUAACAAACUAAAACAAAAAGCUGAUUUUUAGGAAACAAAAUGCCACGAAAAAGGAAAACUGGUGGGAGUCCUUCUCGGAGGAAUGACAAUCCUGAUGGAACUGCUGUUGCUGCAUCCCAAGGGGACCCACACCACUCAGUGUUACAAGCAGCCUACAGUGUCAAUAAGGAGGAGCUCUUCAACAGCAUGUCAGAGAUGUUUUCUGACCUAGAUCCCAGUGUGGUGUACAUGGUUCUGUCUGAAUGUGAUUUUAAAGUAGAAAAUUCUAUGGAUUAUCUGCUAGAGUUGUCCACCCAUGCCAAAGGAGCUGCGUCUUCCAAAACCUUGAGUUUGGAUUCAGUAGUGCCAUCGAUAGCUUUUGUUAAUCAUCAAAGAUCUGUUGCAAAUGAAAGAAUGGGGGAAAGUGCUGCAAAACAAAGUAAUUCUGACGAAGGAAGAGAAGAAGUCCUGUCACCUGAUGAGCAGCUGACUGAGGAGCUGGAUUCCUUAAUAGAAAAUGCCUUUCAGAGAUGCAGCUUGAGUGAUGAAUUGCUUAAUUCUGGAAAUGACCAAAUAGUACAUGAGCACUCUGUGGAAUACCAUGGCUUUAAUGAAUUUCCUGAGUGGGAAAAAGGUGAUUCAGGUUGCAGUGUCCUAUGUUUCCCUCAGCAAACACAGACAAAUAAUGAGGUUUUGGAAAACAACUGUUCUCAACUGCCAUUGAAUCAGCUGAGCAUCCAGAAAAGCUCACUAUCUGCAUCAGGUUCCUCUGCACAGGUACUGGAAGAUACUGAUGUCUCAGAAACACAUGGUCAGCAUGAUGUAGCUUCAGAAGUCUAUGAACAACAAUUGAAUGGAGAAAUAGCAUGUGGAAAUUGUGAUCAGACACAAGAUACUGUUUUGGAUCAAAAAAAUGUGAUUGCUGUUCCUGGUGAUUCCUCCCAAAGACCUCUGGAACAUGGAGUAGCUGUCACUGGAAAUCCUAAUUCAAGGUGCCUGCAACAGCAUCAAGAAGUAGUCACUGACUUUAACAGCCACCAGAGCACUUCUCUUCCAGAGGCAUGUGUCUCUCUUGAAACAUCCAGUUUCAUAACACCAAAACCUGCAGACUUUCAACAAACUCCACAGAGUUAUAACUUAAAUAUUUCCAUGCCAUCGUGUCAACCUCAACAACACUGGAAUCUCAUGGCUCCCGUGUUUUAUCCUUCUAGUGAAAGUCCCACCUUUGUAACCCCUGUGGCUUUUGGUCCAGGGCAGUGGAGGAGACCCGUUUCAGGCUGUAGGACUUUGGAAAAAGGACUUUAUUUUUCCUCUCCAGUGGUUUCAAAUGCCUGGGAUAGCAAUCCUUCUCAGAAGGUAUGGGGAAAUCAAGAUAGAAACUCAAAAUUGAACCUCUCGCAAGCACAGCAGCCACCUGUUUGUCACAUGACGAGAAAAAAGAUGCACCUUAUAGGUCAAGUACUUGUUCUUCUCAGAGGUGUUCCAGGAUCAGGAAAAUCAUAUUUGGCAAGGACUUUGCUUGAGGAUAACCCAGAUGGAAUCAUCCUGAGUACUGAUGAUUAUUUUUGUAAAAAUGGGCAAUACCAUUACGAUCCAGAUUGCUUAGGAGAAGCGCAUGACUGGAACAGGAAACGAGCCAAAGAAGCGUUUGAAAUGAGAAUCUCUCCUAUAAUAAUAGACAACACAAACAUACAAGCAUGGGAGAUGAAGCCUUAUGUUACUUUGGCUCAGCAGUUCAAAUACAAAGUCAUGUUCCGAGAACCAGACACUUGGUGGAAGUUUAAACCAAAAGAACUUGAAAGGCGAAACAUUCAUGGUGUAUCUAAAGAAAAGAUCAAACGAAUGUUAGAGCGGUACGAACGCUGCCUUUCUGUCAGCUCAAUAUUGAAUUCUACAGUUCCAGACAAAUCAGAAGCUGCUGGGUGCAGCGAAGAUCCUGGUCAGGAGGAAAGCCAUAGAAAGAGAGAGACGCAUUCUGAUGUAAAAGAAGAAAAUCCUUCUGCUUCUGAUGUGGAGCCUCUUGAAUUAGCUGGUGAUCAAACUUCUCCCAGUACUUCUCCAACAUUAAAAAGCAACUGUGAUCCUGAACGUUUUCAGAAAGAGGAAAAAGAACUGGAAAAUAACUCUAUGGAACACCGUUCUGAGAACAGCACUGCUCAAGAUGGCUUGGAUGCUUACAGCGUAGAAAAAGAGCUGCCUUUGGAGGAGAAAGAAGAAAGGGGAGAAAACCCAGAAAAAAAUACUGAAAAAAAAAUGGAUGAGGCUGAUGGGACUACUACUGAAGAGGCUGUGUCUGUGCAUACAGGAGGGAUUGAGGAACACAGUGAUAGCAACAUUCUCAAUGCUCAAACCGAAAUUGAAUUGUCUGGUGAACUAUGUAUGGAGCCAAGCAGUUCAGCUUCAGGCACACCAGGAAAACCAGAACUACUGAACUUCCUGGGUGAUUGGCCUGUAGAGCAAACAAUGGGACAGAGAGUCAAAAGAGCUAGAAGGAUAGAAAAAUCUCUGAACAGUGAUAAAGAAGGUAAAACUCCCACUCAGCAGCAUCUUGAGUUAGGUGAAGAGCAAGUAGGCCUGACUGAGACCUGUAUUGUUGGAAAAGGACAUGAGGAAGAAAAUCUACCCUCUAGCUGUUCCUCUGCAAAUUCAAAUAAAGCUGUAUCAGAACUGCAAAUGAUAGAACAUUGGCCUGUGUCAGGAUCAUUAGAACAGAGACAGCAAAGGUCAAGGAGGAUAAGAAAGACAAGUGCAAGUCAGUCUGAUGAAGGUAAAAAUGCUGAAGGUGACACUGAUAGAAAUACUCUUGAGACUGUAGAUGUGCUUCAUGGGACACCUGAGAUCACUGCAGAGCCAGCAAAUACAGAAGGUUUGCAUAUCAUAACACAUAUGCACCAACCUGAAACAGUAGCCAGUGAAACAGUAGGAGAGAAGAAACCCCAGCAAAAUAAGAGAAUGAGGAAGCAUCACAAGUUAGCCCUCACUUUUGCAAACAAUUUGCCCCAUCCCAAAGAAGGGGAACACUUGUCUGUGCUUAACUCAGCAGAAGAGAAACAGGAGGUGAGUUCAGGUAGACAAAAAAGUAGCUACUCACAGACUGAAUCACAGGACUUUGCUCUCCUGUGGAGACUGGAAAAGAAAAUGCUUUUUCCUGAGACUACCAAAGUAUUGCAUGGCAGACUAGAUGGCUUCAAACCCAAAGACGUAGAUAGUGCCUCAGAUUCUCAAGAAAAAAUACCCUAUCGAGUUACAUAUGAUAAAAGCACAUUUGUGGAAGAAAAUGAGCUUAUCAAUAUUGAUGAGUCUGAAAAGCUCAGUAUGCUCUGUAAGCUCUUCGAGUCUGUUUCAUUUGAAGCACUGAAAGAUCUGUAUGAAAGAUGUAACAAAGACAUAGACUGGGCCACAGGUCUGCUGUUAGACUCUGAUGAGAAGUUAUGCAAAGAUGUUGAUACUGAAUGCUUUCAAGUAAGAGAAUCUGAGCCAGUUGGUGCAAACCUUGAUUUCAAGACAAGUACAAACUAUGGUGAGAAUCUCAAAGACCAUGAGCAAGCACUGCAAGUAAUUGGGGCUGGUGAUGUCUCUGAGCCUUCAGAAGACAAGGACUCAUCAAUCAGCCUUGCAGAAAGUAGGGCUACCAAGGCAACUGUGAUGGAUCCUAAUUUGUCUGAAUUGUUGGCUGCUGCCUCCUUGAAUGAAUCGGCAGAACUGCUGACUUCUGGAGAUACAGGUCCUAGAGCUGAUGCAGCUGGUAUCACUGAGCCAUCUGUUCCAGGGAACCAAAGGACAGAGCCUGAGAGCCCUGUUGAAGAAGCUGUAAGUCAGCCAUCAGUCUCAGAACUUGAUGCUGGUUUCUGUAUACCCAGGACUGUCCCUCAUGGUCCUAACAGGACUUCUGCUGAUUUGAAAUAUGAAUUAAAUAAUGAAAGUGAUCAUAACCCUCCAGAAAGCAAUGCAGGACAUCCCACGGUGACUGCUUCCUUGCUAGGAAUGGAUCAUACAUCUUUGGUUGGUCCUGGGAGUGAUAAAGAACUGGAAAUGCCUAAAGACACACAGGGGAAUUCUGGGGAGAUGUGUGGUAAAGAAGUUGGAGCUCAAAGCUGGGAUGAAGCUAAAGCCAAAAUACAAACCCCUAAACGAGCAUCACAUGCAGCCUUCAGUAUAGAUUGCCUUGAAUUAACUUUGCCUCCUGAACUGGCACUGCAGCUGAAAGAAAUAUUUGGGCCUGUUGGCAUUGAUGCAGGAUCACUAACUAUUGAGGAUUGUGUGGUUCACAUUGAUCUGAAUUUGGCAAAAAUGAUUCAUGAAAAAUGGAAGGAAUCCAUUCUGAAACGCCGGAGGAGAGAUGAGUCGUGUAAGUCGUCUGCAGAAGGUCCUACUGUGAUUCAGCAAAUAGAUACAGAUGACUCAGAAAUGCUGUUAUCUCAGAAUGCAGACAGUAAGAUACAGAAGCAAAAAGUGAGCUGGGUUGCAGGCUCAUCUAAUGACAUGCAGACUGAAAAACCAGCAACAUCACAUGUUUUUCCUUUUAUGGAUCACUGGAAUGCUCAGAUUCAGAAAGUUUCUCUCAGACAAAUAAUUUCUGAAGAAAUAGCUAUGCAGGAGAAACAGGACCUGAAUCGUGUGCCUUCUCUGGCUAGGAAAGACUGUGCUGCUAAACUAAAGGAGAAGCAGCUUUUUGAGAUGUUUCCAACUAUUAAUCACAGUUUCUUAAUGGAUAUCUUCAAGGACAACAACUAUUCCUUAGAACAAACUGAACAAUUUCUGAACUGUGUUCUGGAGGCAGAUCCUGUAAAAACAGUUAUCGCUCAAGAAAGUGUUCAGCAAAAUGAAAUUGGUUCUGCUUACAGCGCUGCAAGGAACCGGGAGAAGAAGGCAAAAAAAAGUAAGGAAGAGGAUGAUCCUUUGAGUGAAGUAUUCCAAGAUUUUGAGCAUCCACAGUAUGAAGAUUUAAGAGCAGAAGCUUUUUGUCACCAGCGAAAGAGACAGGAAUGUUUGAAAAAGGCUGGGGAAGCCUAUCGCAUGGGUAUGAAGCCUGUGGCAGCAUUUUAUGCACAUCAGGGUCGCCUUCACGAGCAGAAGAUGAAAGAAGCCAACCAUGCUGCUGCUGUGCAAAUCUUUGAGAAAGUAAAUACUGCCUUGCUGCCUAUGAAUGUGUUGGAUCUGCAUGGUCUCCAUGUGGAUGAAGCUGUGAAUCAGUUGUCCAGAGUGCUGCAGGAAAAAACUGAAGAGUACCAGCAGGCUGGCGGUAAACCAUAUCUCUGUGUCAUCACGGGAAGAGGAAGCCAUAGUCAGGGAGGAGUUGCUCGCAUCAGACCAGCAGCUAUCAGAUACCUCACAAGCCACAACUUCAGGUUCACAGAAAUAAAGCCAGGCUGCCUGAAAGUCAUGUUGAAUUGAAGGUUGUGGAGAAGAGAGGAGGAAUAUGGAAACUGAUGUGUUGGAUUACAGCUAAAAGCUUUCUGAACAACUGCAAUAGUAUUUUGUAAUCUGCUUUAAAGGACAGUCUUUUAUUAGAAGUGGUCUCAAUUUAGAGCAAGUGGUUUUGUCAGUAUAUUUCCAAGAAAUUUUUUAUGUGAAGUGGAUCUUUUUUUGAGCCUGCUAAAAGACAACACUGACAGGAUUUCAAGCCUCAGAAAUGCAGAUGAAGAAUUCUGCUGGGCAGUGUGUGAUGUUCUAAAGGGAAGUUAAGGUACAAUGUUAAAAACCAACUGUCUGCUCAGUGCACCAAGUCAGUCUUUUGACCCUCACACAUUCUGAUUGCUGUGGUUUCUGUGCUUUUGAAAGAUAGUACCAUGUGAGAGGUUAUUUUGUGAUUCAGAACUCUCUGCUAAACCCUUCAGAAGAGCAUAGAAGAGGUGAGAACUCGGCAACUAUUGGUAUUUCAAAUACAUUUACAGCUGAGUGCUAAAUAUUUCAAGGUUUCUUCAAAAUUUGAUGUAGCCUUUUUAGGGCUUAGUUCGUGAUGGGUUGACCAGUUCUGAUGUCCUUACUCCAUGCUAAACUUCCCCUGAUACUGAUGGAAGUUGCAUGUAGAGGACUCUGCAUUAAGACCAGCUAUGGUUUUGGUAAUUCUGCAGACUCACUAUGAUCUCUUAAAGGGAAAAAUACAAUGCUAUAGUUCAAUCUAUACUUACACAUAGAUACUACUGUAAUUUUUGCAGGAAAUGCCUUUAUUUUUUCAACAUCUACUGUGUUAAAAGUAUUUCUUCUUUUAUGGCUUUUUAAAUGGAACAAAUUGAGCAGUGUUUCACUUUACAGGUGUCUAAUAGUGAUGUGUCUUCAUUCUGUGUGCAUUAGAUUUGGUGAUUUCCUUAUAGAAAAUACAAUUGUGAGACAUUUUAAAUACAUUUUUAACAUCACAGUGAAUGUUAAUACUACAGCAGUAACUGUCUAACUGGAAAAUCUGGAAUACAAAAGUGGUGUUGCAUCAGCAUGUAAAAAUGCCUGUGUGGA